AUGCUAGACGACAGUGAUGACGAUGAUGACUUCGUGAUGAGGUUCGUCAGUGAUAGGUUGAAGGCCAAAGUUCGGGCGGAAGAUCCUCCAGAGAAACAUCGUCCGGGUGUGGUGAAGAGCUCGGAAGCAGCAGGAGGCGAGUUCUUCGAUGGCCUUGACUUGGCCAUGGCGACUACCCGACAGCCUCCUCGGACCUUCGCCUCCACUGAUCAUUCAAGCGAGAGUGCGGCAAUUACACUGGCUGGGUUGAAUACUAAAGCGAAAGCAGGUGAAUGGAAUGUCGAUCCUGAAGAAGUCAUCGGUGAUAAUGCGACUGAAGCUUUGCCGGAACGGCCCCCACUUGCGCUCAAUAAUGCGGCGCCUGAUGUCGUCUCGGCUGUCGCUGAGAGGAAGGAGGCCAAGCGGGAGAAGGAUGAACGUCUGGAUGGAUGGUUCGGGUUGCCUCGGCAGCAGCUAACGCCUCAGAUGAAGAACGAGCUGAGGAUACUCAAAUUGAAGCCGUAUAUGGACCCUAAGAAAUUCAUGAAGCGGCUCGAUAGCAAGAAGUUGCCCACCCACUUCCAUAUUGGCGUUGAAGUCGGCGGCGGCAAGGUCAGGGCGGGAGGUGGAGAAGAGAGCCAAGCAGCUGGGACAUAUAACAAGAGGUCUCGAGGUUCCGGCGUUUCGCUUCUGUCGGAUGCUCUUAAGGACUCGACGGUCCAGGCGUGGACUCAGCGCCGACUCAGCGAGGCCCAAACGUUGGCCAAGUUGCGGGCACCGUACAAGGUUAAGCGAAAGAGCAAGGCGGCUAAGAACAGCUGGAAGAAGAGAAAAUAG